AUGUCAAAUUCAAAUUCAAAUUCAAGCUCAUGCUCAAGCUCAAGCUCAUGUUCACAUUCAAAUUCAAAUUCAAGUCUAAGUCUAAAUAAAACUAAUAAGAUCAAUAGAACUAAUAAAAAUAAACCUAAUAAAAAUGAUAAUACAGAUAACAAUAUUAACGAUAAGAACAAUACUAAUGAUAAAAAAUUAAAAAAUAACCCCAAAGAUAAAGAUAACAAAGAAAAGGAAAAAAUAAAAAUCACAAUAGACAAAAAAAUUCCUGAUCCUCCCAAUGAUCCAACAGUAGUUAAAAAGAAAAAAACAAGAACAAGAAAUGGCUGCUUAACAUGUCGUGAUCGUCAUUUAAAAUGUGACGAAGCAGAACCAAUUUGUCUAAAUUGUUUAAAGACCUCAAGAAAAUGUGUCAGAGGCUUGAGAUUGAAUUUCAUUAAAUGCGAAAUCUUCGCUGAUUUCAAACCAGCAUACCUACUCUCAAAUAACUAUCACAGCAAUCUUAAUCUUCCAAACCUCGAUAAUCUUAGCAUUGAAAAUCUCAACGACAUUGAUACAGAUAUCUCAGUUGACACAUUAAUGAACCAAAAAAUUGACACUGAAAUUCCUCACAAUAUCACCUUUAAUGAUGAUUCCUUUAUAGACCAAUCAAUAACCGUCUCCUCUUAUUAUCUAAAUGGUUUUGAUAAAUACAAAAAUUAUCUAAAAUACCACGAUGAAAAAAAACUAUUAAAAAGCAAAAUUGAAUUCGAAAACGAUAUAAAUAUCAACAUUAACAACUUUAUUAAACGUCAAGAAAAAAUAAAAAGAAAAUUCCUUAAAAAAAAAUUAAAACUAAAUCAAUUGAAAAAUCAGAUAAAUAAAAGGUCCUCCUCUCAAAUUAAUAACUUGCUUACUCCCUCCCAAAAGUCUUUUAAAAGACCAAAAAUGAGCAAAUCGUUAUCUGUUUUAGCUGUUUCCUCAACCUCUAUUUCUACUUCAACUUCAAACUCUACUGCAAACUCAACGCCAACACCAACACCAAACUCAGGCAUUAUUCCUCUGGCUUCAAAUUCAAUCAUAACAUCUAACAUCGACGAUAUUAACAAUAAUAACUUCAUUGCCUUAUCCAUCAAUCUGCAUACAUCAGACUUUUCAUCUCAUCCUUCACAGCGACUUCAACAUCAAUCAUUCCAGCAGCUCCAACAGUUCCAACAGCAGCCACAGCAGCACCAACCAAAUCAUAUUUUGCAACCGUUGUCCAUAACACAAUCAUUUCAGCAUAUACAACCCAUUACAAAUUUACAUGACCAAUCUUCUGCCAUAAAUAUAAAUAAUAAUCUAUCUCUUAAGAACAUCAAUUUACCAGACUACACUUCAAUGUCUUUUCACCCAGCUCAAAACCAACAAAGCUCUCUAUCAUAUGAACCUCAAAUAGAGGACAGAUAUCAAUUUUGCUCUUAUGACCAUAACAUAAACUUAAUCAAUAAUUACAUUAAUGAAACAGAUCAUGUUUCAAACAUGAACACAUUAACUCUUAAUCAGUUUUCUCAAUCCAACAAUCUAGCCUAUAAUCAACUAUUUAGCAAUAUUAUCGACCAAAAUAAUAAUAGUAAUAAUAACAAUAAUACAAAUUUUUUGUCACAUUCAGAUUCCAAAUCCUUUUCGGAUUUUGAUUAUAAAGAUGGUUUUGAUAUUUUCAGUGAUUAUCGAUUUUUACAUGGAAUGAAUGAAAACACAAGUUUCCUCAGUUCAAUUGAAAAACCGCAAGAUUCAAAUAUUGAUUUUCAACCAGUCCAGUCAAUUCAACAUGUCCAGAUUGCUUCAUCUGAUACAGCUACAUCAAUUUUUUCAUCGGUUUCUUCUUUGCCACAAUCCAAGCAAUUUGUUCAACAAAAUACUCUACAGCCUCAAGUGUAUAAUGGUGUAGCUCAGCAAGUGCUAAAUGAAUCAUUAACUGCAAAUAAAUUUUUUGAAGAGGAUCAAGAUAUCAAAUAUUCUUAUAACAAUCAAAAAUCACAAUUGUCAUUUUUUAUGCCACAGCAGACUAAAAUAGAUCAAUCUGGAUUUAUAAAUUUGCAAAACAAUGAUUUUAAUACUUUGGAUGAUAACACUAACAAUAUUAGAAUGCAAAUCAAAGAUUUACCAAAUCCUUCUUUUAAAUCAGAUAAAGAUUCACUCCUACUUUUAGGAGAUACUGUUACAUUAACUAAUUUAUCAGAAGCAAAACUUUAUUCCAGUUUUAUUGUCAAUUCAACUCCAUUUCUUGAUUUAUUUAACGAUAUUUCAAUGUUUAAAAAAAUUAUUUCGACUCUUGGUCUUUUAAAAGACAUUCCUCAAGCUAAUUCGAUUAAUUGUAAUGACAAAAAUCUUUUAUUUAAUAGUUUGAUAUGCUGUGGAGCAAGUUGUUUUGGGUUUUCGCAAUCAAAAGGACUAAAUAUGGAUUCAACAAUGCUUUUAUAUAGAAAGCUAUCGUUGAAUCUUCAAAUGAAUCUUUUUGAUAAUUUUUUCCAAAAAGGUUGGUCAUUAUUAUCAAAUGAUUUUUUAAACAGCUUUAAAAACAAUCAAAAUCCGAAUUUGUCCUCUUUGUACCAACAAAAACUAGAAGAAUUCAUUAUAAGCUGUUCAUUAUUACUAAGUUCUAAUCAUUUUAAUGGGACAUCAUUGAUCAAGAAAAAAUUAAGUGAAAAUUUAUCUAAAAUUAAGAGUAUAAACCGUAAUGCAAAUAAUUCCUUGAAUUUUUUGCUAAAUCCAGAGUCUGAGAUUCCAAGUAUCAAAUCAAUAGACAUUAAAAAUUCAACAAGUUCGUUAUCGACACCAUGCUCCUCGAAAAAUAGAGAUGAUUUUCAAUUGUACUCAAAAUUGAUGGGUUUUAUUAAUUCAAAUAAUAAAGAUAAACAAGUUCAAAGUUUUCUUUCAAAUGAAACAGAUUUAAUUGUUUCUCUAUUCAAUGUUGAUAUUUUAAACGUAACCACCAAUAAAAUUUUCUGUUCAAACGAUCUUUUUUAUUUACCUUCAGUUGAUAAUGUUAAAUAUGGAAAUCAGCAGUUCUAUAAUCCUAGCUGUUCUACGAUAACUUCCUCAUCUCCUUCGGGACGCACUAUUUUUGAUUCUACAUCCUCUAAGGGGUCAUUUUCGUCAAUAUCUCAGGCUGAUGAAAAUACGGAUACCAAGAAGAAUAUUCUCAAUUGCAAUAGCGAGGAAACAAAAUUUGCAACAAAUGUUGAUAAUUCUUUAGGGUUUGGAAGUGAAUUCAAAAAUACCGAAUCUCUUGAUAUCAGUAUAAUGAAUCCGUUGAUAUUAACUGGUAUUAUAAAAAAUUCACUAAUAAUUAAAAACUGUCUAUGGACAAUUUUUUCAAUUGAUUCCGUAAAUUCAUUGAACAAUUAUUCACGCCAACAUUUUAAUCCUUACAUUUGGGAAAGUUUUCUCACAAAAGAUGAUGUUAGUAAUGAUGAUUCCGAAUUAAAAUUUAAAACCCUAAGUUUAAGUGAUAGUAAUGAGUAUUUAGAUUUUAAAUCAGAAACGUGGUUUUUAAGAAAAAUGUUAUUAAUAUUUUCCAAACUAUUUUAUUUUAAAUUUAUAAUUGAAGAUAAAUUGAAUUCUAAUUACACUAAUGAUUUAUACUCUCUAUCAUUCAGUCUUAAAAAAUUCAACAUAUCGAGAGAAUGGGAAAUUUUGUACAAUGAAUUAAAAGGAUAUGAAAACAGAUUAUCGUUAUUGUUGCAGCCUAUUAAUAUUUGCGAUGUAAUUGGAAAUAGUCCGUAUAAAGAUGAAGUUGAGAAAUUUUUCUUUUUAAUUAAGUUUAAUUUUAAUAAUGACAAAACUGUAUUAUUUCAUAUUCUUCAUCAUUUAAUCUACCUACUUGCUGAGAAGUUUUUAAUUGAUGACUUCCCAUCAAUUAUUGAUAAAUAUCAGCGUGAAACAUCUAAUCUGAAUCAUGCUGGAAAGUACUCUAUUAAUGUGAAUAAUGGAAAGGGUGAGAAAUUAGAUGAUAUUUAUUCUGUUGAUAUUGAGCAUUUUGAUUAUGAGAAAAUCCGAUGCAUUGAAGAUAUUAAUGGAUUGAAAUCAUUUUUUAGAUUGACAACCAGCGAUAAAUCUGAUGGUGAAAAUGGCGCAGAUAACCAAUGCAGCUUAGCAGGAUUUUAUCAAAAUGCUAUCAAUAUGAAAUACAGUAGUUUAAAGACCAAACCAUUUUUCCAAGAACUAAACGUGGAUUUAAAUUCAUUAAGCAAUCCCAUAGCAUGUAAUAUAAGAAGAUUGAUCUCAAUGUUUCUAUUGGAUAGGUAUGAAUAUCAAAGUAAACAUUAUGAAAACAAUAAUUAUGCUAUUUCUAAGGAGGAAGAAAAUAAUAAGAGCCAAUUCAUGGGCAGUGACACUGAUUCUAUUUUCGAUAACUUCAAUGGAAUAUUUGUCAAUUUAGUGGAUUGGUUUAUGAUGAAGACUGAUUUUUCACAGUUAGAGCUUGAUACGUUUCAUGAGGUUUUAGCCGAAAAACUUUCCAGUUGA